GCGCAGUCGCUGGGAAGAGGGCAAGCGAGCUCCACUCACCGUGCGGGCGCGAGUCGCGUAGAAAACGAAAACAAUAACAAACGCCAACGCAUACACACACACGCACACUCUGGGAAGCGUUUCAGAGAGAAUCCGGGAGCGACGGGAUGGGGCGGCUAGUGGGAGCCAGUUUUUGCGAAUAGACUCGGCUGGAACCGAUGACGCUUGGCCCUGCCGAUCGUUUAAUGGCUCUGAAUAUGCGAUAAGGCAGAGUCGAUCGAGCAGCCAGUUACUUGGCCAACUUGUUGAUAAUUAGAUCGUUGGAAUCCAACGGCUAACAGCACGUUCCUUCGUCUCCAACUCCGCCUCCGCGGCAGCUCGUCUUGGGUGAUCGGUGACGUCGUUCCAACUGCCGAACCACCACCGUGUUUAGACUGUGAUGUAACUCACAUAUAGAUUGGUUGCCUGCAACUAAGAGAGAGAGAGAGAGAGUGCGGUGCCCUACAGGCCGAUGUCGAAGAUCUUCCUGCAUCCUAUAACUAAUACCUGGAGCAGGUAAAUUGGCUGAAGUAGAUCAUCGCGAGGCAGGAAAUGGAGAACCGUAGAGCGGUAAAUUUGAAGCAGCAAUUUGAUUCUCACAAAGCCCAGUCCAAGCAGCUAGAAACCCAAUUGCUUACGACCAUCAAUGAGAAGGAUUCAACCAUAGAGGAGCUACAGCAGUCGCUUAAGGAAAGGGAUGUGCUGCGCAUCGACAACAUGCAGGCGGAGUAUCAAGUGAUUCAGGAAAAGUACAACAAACUUCAGGAGGAGUACGGGUCCCUAGAACGCACUUCGAAUGCCUCUGAGGACCAGUGCCAGAAGCUGCUUGCUGACAACAAGAGACUGCAUCUGAAGAUUGGAACUUUAAAGGAACGAAUGAAGAAGGCCCAGCGUAAGCUAUUGGAAGCGUCCAGCCAAGAUGCCCUAGUCGAAGAAUUCAAAGAUACGCGAAAUGGAGACAAACAGAAUUGGAAAGUUUCCGGACAGUUUUCCUCACCAGCUAUGGGAUACUCCCGAGGAGAUCGAACGAGUGAGGAAGGCUUCUGGCAUGAGUACUGAACAGAGUCGAACUUUCGCAAUGGCCGUGAACA